AUGUCUUCUGUUCUCAGCCCCCGCGAGCAGGAGAUGAUUUGCUAUGUCUGGCAGAGCUGCAAGACUCCUCCUGAUGUCGACCUUGAGAAGCUGGCUUCCUUGAGCGGCCACAAGUCCAGAGCCUCGGCCAACAGCGCCUACCAUAAGCUUCGUGUCAAGAUGUCAGCCUUUGCCAGCGCCAAGGACGAAGCUGAUGAUGAGGACGUCGAUGCUGAUGGCGAUGCCGAUGUCGAGGGUACUCCUGCUCCUGUCGGCAAGAAGGCUCGUGGCAAGAAGGCCGUCGCUGUCAAGGCCGAGGAGCCUGUCACUGACGAGGACGAUGAACCCAAGGCUGUCACUGUCAAGCCCAAGGCUAAGGCCAAGCCCAAGGCCAAGGUCACCAGAGCUUCUGCUGUCCAAGCCAGCACUCCCAAAUCUGCUCCUAAGGGACGCACUACUCGUGCUUCCCUGAGAGCUCGCCAGUCACUUCCAGCCGACGAAUCUUCCGCAGAUGAGGAUGAAAUCAAGAAACCCGACGUCGGUCUGAAGGGUGGUCGUGGAAAGUAUCCCAAGAUCGAGGAUGUCGAGAACGACAUCACUGCCGCUGUUGCUGUCGACGACGUCGCUGCCGGUGCUGAGGAGCCCGCCGCCGACACCAAUGCUGUCAAGCGCGCCGCCGAGCCCGCUUCUGACCUCGACGAGCUUGCCGAGCCCGAUCGUGUCAAGCGUGUCAAGCAUGAGGACAACGCCGACCACGACGACGACGAUCUCGACGCUGCCGUUCACGCUAUCGUUGACGCUGCUUUUGGCGAGACUCCCGCCGAGCCUAGCACCACUGUCGUCACCGUUGUCUCGACCAACCCCGUCAUCGAAUCCUUUGUUGUCAACGACCCUGACGCUGUCGACAUCGCUGAUGACAUUAACAUGCGCACUGACGCUGGCGCUGAGGCUGAGGAUGCGUCUGACAUCCGCUCUGAUGUUGCUUCUGCUGCUGACAGCGGUGACAUCCGUUCUGAUGUUGCCUCUGCUGCUGACAGCGGCGAUCGUGACAUCUGA